GCCCUGGACGCCCGUCUUACGUAACAGCCAUGACGAGCUGAUGGCUACCUUCGUCUGGUUGCUGGUUGCUUGCUGCCUUCUCCGCGCCGCCGCAGCUGGCAACCCUGACGCGAAAAGACUUUACGACGACCUCCUCUCGAAUUACAACAAACUCGUGAGGCCGGUGGUAAACACUACGGAUGUUCUUCGUGUAUGCAUCAAACUUAAACUGAGCCAGCUUAUUGAUGUCAAUCUCAAGAACCAGAUUAUGACCACAAACCUCUGGGUGGAGCAGUCCUGGUACGACUACAAGCUGCGCUGGGAACCCAAGGAGUAUGGCGGGGUCCAUAUGCUGCACGUGCCUUCCGACCAUAUCUGGAGACCAGAUAUUGUUCUAUACAACAAUGCCGACGGCAACUUCGAAGUAACAUUGGCUACGAAGGCGACUAUCUACCACCAGGGACUGGUAGAAUGGAAGCCGCCGGCUAUAUACAAGUCUUCCUGCGAAAUAGACGUCGAAUAUUUUCCAUUCGAUGAGCAAACGUGUGUUCUUAAGUUCGGUAGCUGGACGUAUGACGGAUUCAAGGUGGAUCUCAGACACAUGGAUGAACAGGCUGGGAGCAACAUAGUCAUCGUAGGAGUGGACCUCUCAGAGUUCUAUAUGUCAGUUGAAUGGGACAUCCUAGAAGUUCCAGCUGUUAGGAAUGAGAAGUUCUACACGUGCUGUGACGAGCCUUAUCUGGACAUCACCUUCAAUAUCACGAUGAGGAGGAAAACUCUCUUUUAUACCGUCAAUAUUAUAAUACCCUGCAUGGGUAUAUCCUUUCUUACCGUUCUUACAUUCUAUCUGCCCUCGGAUAGUGGGGAAAAGGUGACACUAUCAAUAUCAAUCCUCAUUAGUCUCCACGUGUUCUUCCUGUUGGUGGUGGAGAUCAUACCACCAACAUCGCUGGUGGUGCCACUCCUCGGGAAGUACCUCAUCUUUGCGAUGAUUCUUGUAUCUAUAAGUAUAUGCGUGACGGUGGUGGUUCUGAAUGUGCACUUCAGAUCUCCGCAGACACAUCGCAUGGCACCCUGGGUGAAGCGUGUUUUUAUCCAUAUCCUGCCACGGCUGCUCUUCAUGAAACGGCCGCAGUACAAGUUUGAUACCACGAGGUCCCGGUUCACAACGUGUGGCGUGGUAGUUCGCUGCGGGGGCACCGCUCGCCCCCUGUAUCCCUACCGCCUGGCCGCCGCUGAUGACGACUGCUGCGCCCCCGGAGCGUGGCCCCCACCCCCCGCCACUCCGCUCCGUCCCCUCACCAGGACACCCAGCAAGGAAGACUUGACGCACACAACUUACGUACAGUCGGGUCUAAGUGAAAGUAAUCGCUUCGGCGGUAGCUGCGUGGUUCACGGAUCCACAGAAGGCGGGGCGCUAGGCGCUCCAGAGGAGGAAGCCCUCAGCCCCGUGCCUGAUCCUCCACCAGGGUUCAGCCAUUCCUCUUGCCCACCGGAAGUUCACAAGACAUGCUUCUGUGUUCGUUUCAUCGCUGAGCAUACGAGAAUGCUCGAAGACUCUACCAAGGUGAAAGAAGAUUGGAAGUAUGUAGCGAUGGUGUUAGACCGGUUGUUCUUGUGGAUAUUUACUUUAGCAGUACUGGUGGGGACAGCGGGAAUUAUCCUUCAAGCACCGACACUGUACGAUGACAGGGUACCUAUAGACAAACACUUCAACCAGAUCGCUACUUCCACUCUGGUCCGGUGUCCACCACCCACGUAGACGAUCAGGAAGACACUGCCAAAUGAGCAAUAAUACUAUUAAGUUUAAUUACUGAUCUGUUCUGAUGCGUGUUCAGGUAAAGUUUUAUAGUCGAAAGUCUACAACGUAAAGUAACUAAAGCUUUCGAACGGCUUUCGAACGAAUUUUUAUAGAAUUUGAAAACUAUUACACGUUUUGUUUGUAGGUAGAAGUUUUGUGUAAUACCCGCAUAGUUUACAGUUAAAUAUUUGUUAUUUAUGCAACUGUUGUGUAAUAAGGGGUAUUAAAACAUGUAUUUGGAUAAUAGUAUCACAUGAGUGUUUUAAUACCUAAUUAUCAACAGUUGCAUACAAGACUUUAUCUACACCCAUAAUAUGAAUCCUCUAAAAGAAUCUGAAAUAGUAAGCUUACUGCUUAUUAUACUGCUAUUAAAACAGCCAGUCCUAGUAGUAAUCUAAUAUCAUCCAUUACUGAUUAUAUACAAAUAAACUAAGUAUUAAUCACGGACUAGUAAAAAUAGAAGGACUCCGCGCCGUGAUAUUAGCAAGUGAAGCACCUUUAUUCUAGUAUGUGUGCGGUUACGGGGGAUUCCAGUUACACAAUUUUUUCUCCCUUAAAUUAUCAUAUAUCCACAAAUAAUUAGUAUUAUUAUACUAUAUAGUAUUGUUAUUACACUUUUUCACAACACACGACGGCAUUUGUAAAAUAUUUUAUUGCGACGCAAAACUGAUCUGUCACAGACGAUGGCAAAUCUCAUAAUGGCGGCUGAUCGGCUUGUAUUACUGUGUGUGCGUGAGGCUUUGUAUUUAUACGUUUACCGGCUUGUUUUGGUGACUCACUGUUAUGUGAGGUGACACAGAGUCCUUAUUUUUUACCCGUCCGUGCUAUUAAUGAAGGAAUUAUUUAUUUUAGUAGUAAUUUGCAGUGUUUAAAAAAUUCAGGCGGUGUGCUGUUAACACUUGACUAGCUCAUUUUUUGUAAACAAAACAAUAAAAAUAUCGAAGAAAAAUGGCGGGGAUUCGAAUGACCUACUUUCUUUUUAUGGCUCGCGACGUUCUGGUAGUGUGGAACGCGCGUAAACGAAAGUGUUCUUUUUUUGAAAUCCAUGCGCAUCGAGCAAUAAGAAUGUGGCUGUCUGUUGAAACUCUUUGUCCAUCAAGGGAUCGAAAAAAAAGAAAGAGUGUUGUUAUGAAAUUCAGUACAACAUCGCAACACUCGUUUGGUUGAUUUACUGGUUAUCAGGACAUUGGGUGUUUUAAUGUUGGGAAUAAGCUGUUUCAGAAUCUUUAAUAGAGGACUUAAAGCAUGCGUGUAGAUAAACACAAUAACAGUUUAUCGAAUAGUAAAUAGUCCUUUCCACAAGGCUCGAAAUCUAGUAAAAACCCAAAUUUUGUUAAAUUUCCAAAUUAUCAAAAUAUGUAGCAUUAUAAAAUUGUUACAUGACAGCAAAUCGUUUAAUAGUUUUUAUAUUUAUUACCAAAACUUAGGCUGUGUUAUUUAUAAACGCGAGCUAAAGUUACUGCAAGUUUAAAUAUUUUUCGGCCUUUCAUAUAAACUUGGUAUAAAAUUAUACCUGAGAAUAAACUAAUAAUAUGCAAAAUGUUUACACAUAGACGUAUUUAUUUAUUAUUGAUUUAUUCUAUCUAUUAUUGGACGUAACUAUAACGUUUCUCGCGUAUAUUUGCAAGGCUGCCUUGCAUUCGGAAAACAUCAGAAUAUCGUCAUCAUUUUCAUAUUCUCGGUUUAUUCUCAGGUAUAACUUUAUGUCAACUAUAUUUGUAAGGCCGUUUGUCUUUAUCUUACCAUUGUCACUACCGAAUUACACGACAGGGAAAAGUAAUUUUAAACUUCGGAGUAACUUUACAUUACGUUUAUUAAUAAGACAGUAAUGUUUGUUAGGAGGUAGAUGAAGUAUGUGUGAGUUCGUCCUGGCCGGAUAUUCCGGAAGAAUUUAUUAAUUAAAGAUAAAUGCUUCGCAUUAUGGUAGGGGAUAAGAAAUUUCAAAGCAGAUGGCUACUAAAGAACGUACAAAUGUUCUGUU